GCCCGGCCGCUCCCCCAGGAGCCGGGAGCAACUUUCCGCGGCGCCCGGCCCGGCCCCAGCAUGCCGGUGCGGAGGGGCCACGUGGCCCCGCAGAACACCUACCUGGACACCAUCAUCCGCAAGUUCGAAGGGCAGAACCGCAAGUUCCUCAUCGCCAAUGCCCAGAUGGAGAACUGCGCCAUCAUCUACUGCAACGACGGCUUCUGCGAGAUGUUCGGCUACUCCCGGGUGGAGGUCAUGCAGCGCCCCUGCACCUGCGACUUCCUCACCGGGCCCGAGACCACCAAGAACUCCAUCGCGCAGCUGAGCCAGGCCUUGCUGGGGUCCGAGGAGUGCAAGCUGGAGAUCCUCUACUACAGGAAAGACACGUCGUGUCUCCGGUGCCUGGUGGACGUGGUCCCGGUGAAGAACGAGGAAGCAGCCGUCAUCAUGUUCAUCCUGAACUUCGAGGACCUGGCUGAGCUCAUCGCUAAGAGCGCCAGCCGGAGUCUCCACCAGCGAUUGUCCCAGGGCUGGCGCCAAGGUCAAGGUAAGAGGUUGAAGUUUAGUCUCCCGUCCCUGCAGCGACUCAAAAUCCAGCGGAAAUCUCUGCCCACCAGUGAGUUUGAUGGAGUAGCCAUUGACUAUGGAAAGCCCAGGGGCGACUCCCUGAUUCUGAGGGACUUGAAGACUCCUGCCAAGGAGAACUGUGUCCAGUCAGAGACCGAGUCCCUCCUGGAAAAGGAGAGGCGGCCGAGCCUGGAGCCCGUCCCCACCGUGCAUCACUCGUCCCCGAAACGAGAGCCUCCCUUCCUGGGCCCACCGGGGUCCUACGCUGCUUGGGGCUUGGUUCGGGCUCGCCCGGGGGGCAGCUUCCACAGCCUCCGCAGGGUCUCCUCCUUGGACAACUUUGAGGUCACCGGGUCUGAGUUCCAGAGAAAAUUCAGGGAGAGGAGGGCAAACUCAGAGGCCUCCCAAGCCAAGCCCAACCCCCAGAACUCCACCUCGGACUCCGACCUCAUGAGGUACCGCACCAUCAGCCAGAUCCCGCAGUUCACCCUCAACUUUGUGGAGUUCAACCUGGAGAAGCACCGCUCGGGCUCCACCACCGAGAUCGAGAUCAUCGCCUCCCAAGCCAAGCCCAACCCCCAGAACUCCACCUCGGACUCCGACCUCAUGAGGUACCGCACCAUCAGCCAGAUCCCGCAGUUCACCCUCAACUUUGUGGAGUUCAACCUGGAGAAGCACCGCUCGGGCUCCACCACCGAGAUCGAGAUCAUCGCGCCCCACAAGGUGACGGAGCGCACGCAGAACGUCACCGAGAAAGUCACGCAGGUCCUGUCGCUGGGCGCGGAUGUCCUCCCGGAGUACAAGCUGCAGGCGCCGCGGAUCCACCGAUGGACCAUCCUGCACUACAGCCCCUUCAAGGCGGUGUGGGACUGGCUGAUCCUGCUGCUGGUUAUCUACACGGCCGUCUUCACGCCCUACUCGGCCGCCUUCCUGCUCAACGAGGAGCAGGAGGAGAGGCGCUGGGACUGUGGCUACUCUUGCAACCCUCUCAACAUCAUCGACCUCAUCGUGGACAUCAUGUUCAUCGUGGACAUCCUCAUCAACUUCCGCACCACCUACGUCAACAUCAACGACGAGGUGGUGAGCCACCCCGGCAAGAUCGCCAUCCACUACUUCAAGGGCUGGUUCCUUAUCGACAUGGUGGCGGCCAUCCCCUUCGACCUGCUUAUCUUCCGCUCCGGCUCUGACGAGACCACCACGCUGAUCGGGCUGCUGAAGACGGCCCGGCUGCUGCGCCUGGUGCGCGUGGCCCGCAAGCUGGACCGCUACUCCGAGUACGGGGCGGCCGUGCUCUUCCUGCUCAUGUGCACCUUCGCCCUCAUCGCCCACUGGCUGGCCUGCAUCUGGUACGCCAUCGGCAACGUGGAGCGGCCCUACAUGGAGCACAAGAUCGGCUGGCUGGACAACCUGGGCGACCAGAUCGGCAAGCGCUACAACGACAGCGACCUCUCCUCCGGCCCCUCCAUCAAGGACAAGUACGUCACGGCGCUCUACUUCACCUUCAGCAGCCUCACCAGCGUGGGCUUCGGCAACGUCUCGCCCAACACCAACUCCGAGAAGAUCUUCUCCAUCUGCGUCAUGCUGAUUGGCUCUCUGAUGUACGCCAGCAUCUUCGGCAACGUCUCCGCCAUCAUCCAGCGCCUGUACUCGGGCACGGCCCGCUACCACACCCAGAUGCUGAGGGUGAAGGAGUUCAUUCGCUUCCACCAGAUCCCCAACCCGCUGCGCCAGCGCCUGGAGGAGUACUUCCAGCACGCCUGGUCCUACACCAACGGCAUCGACAUGAACGCGGUGCUGAAAGGCUUCCCCGAAUGCCUGCAGGCCGACAUCUGCCUCCACCUGAACCGCACCCUCCUGCAGAACUGCAAGGCCUUCCGGGGGGCCAGCAAGGGCUGCCUCCGAGCCCUGGCCAUGAAGUUCAAGACGACCCACGCGCCUCCCGGAGACACCCUGGUGCAUUACGGAGAUGUCCUCACCACCCUCUACUUCAUCUCCCGCGGCUCCAUCGAGAUCCUCCGGGAGGACAUUGUGGUGGCCAUUCUAGGGAAGAACGACAUUUUUGGGGAGCCCAUCAGCCUUUAUGCCCGACCUGGGAAAUCCAACGCAGACGUCCGGGCACUGACUUAUUGCGACCUGCAUAAGAUCCAGCGGGAGGACCUCCUGGAGGUCCUGGACAUGUACCCGGCCUUUUCCGACAACUUCUGGAGCAACUUGGAGAUAACCUUCAACCUGCGAGAUGCAGACAGCAUCCCCCGCUCGCCGCUCAGCGAGGAGUACGACUGCACCUACCGCCGCGUGCGCCGCCGCAAGCAUUCCCUCUGGCGGCCAUCUCUCCUCUCUGCAGCCGCCCCCGUGGAUGUUCCGAACAUGUUCGCCUUCUGGGAGGACCGACAGCCACAUGCCCACCCCGCACCCCUGCAGCACGCAUCCCUGGUCCACUGCCCCCCGGCCUGCACGCCGGGGCCCCUAGAAUCCAGGCUGGAGCUCCUGCAGGCUCAGCUCAGCAGGCUGGAGUCCAGGAUGUCCUCGGACAUUACUAUAAUCCUGCAGCUCCUGCAGCGCCAGCUGUCCCAGGUGCCGCCAGCGUACAGCCCCAUCUCGCCCUCCUCCCACAGCCUGGCCAUGUACAGCCUGGGCCCCCGGGGCAUGGAGCCUGCUCCGCCGUGCUCCCUGCUGCAAGAGGAGGACCUGACCCCUCCCGGGCAGAGCCCAAGCUAUGCAGAGAUCGAAAAGUUCCAGCUGAAAUCCAGGGACUCCUUGCCGAGUGGGGUACACCCGACGGCAGCCUCGGAAAAAACCGUGACAAUCUACUCCCAGCUGGAGCCCCGUUCCCAGAACCUCCCCACCCCAGAGCCUCACCAGAGGGUGACAAACACCCGGGGACUCUACCGGGGCUUUCGCUUCCCUUCCCUCCCUGAGCAUCUCGAAGCAUCUUCCGAGCACCUGGACAUUCAGAGACACCUCUCCGACCCAGUGCUUCCCGGCAGUUAGAGACGCGCGAGCACGGAACCAAGCCAAGAGGAACCGCGACUGAGAACUGGUCUCGUUGAUUUCAGUGAGAGGCGGAGGGCAAUGUUAUCGGCUCAGGGGUACAUUUUGUAGUUGUCUUCUGCCCUGGGGGAGGCGAGUCCAGAGCGGAGGGGUUCAGAGAUCAGUGUUCUCCAAAGGCUUACGUAGAGUAGAUUCAAAUUGCACAUUAUAGAGUGCACCCAAACCAGAUCUUUUGGAUGGCCACCGUGGAGCCAGCCAGCCUCCUCUUCCUCGCCACGCCUUCCUCCCCUUAUUGGUGCCACCAAAACGGACCUUGACUGCAAGAGGAGAGAGGAUGCAGGGCUGUGAG